GUCUGUAAGUCUCGUUUACUUUCACUUUCGUUUUCCAACUUCCGGGUACAUCAGCGUUCGUAGCAACAUUCCUGUGCAAUGGUGUAUUGUUUCGCAAUCGGUUGUACGCAUCGCACUGGCGGAAAGCAGACAUGCAGUUUGUUUAGAUUCCCAACUGAUGUUAGGGAAAGGAAGAAAUGGAUAGAUAGGUGCAGACGAGCAGACAGAGAGUACAGCAAUAAUGACAGGUUGUGCAGCUGUCAUUUCAAAGAUGGGAAGAAAGAAUUUGGACCUACCAUUUUUGCAUAUAGCAAAAAUGUUGGGUAUUUUCCAGAGGUGUACACACCUAAAAGAAAGAAAGUGGACAGUGUAUCCUCCAUUUCCCACCAGAUGCCAAGUGAUUCAGCUUCAGGGUCAGAUGUUGGACAUAAUCCUGCUCUGGAUCACAAUUACUGUGACAAUCAUGAUGACACACAAGAUCAUUCACAUGAGGGUAAUUAAAAAUAGUUAUAAACAUAAUUAUGAUCUUAUAUUAAAAAACAUCAUUAAAAAAUAUACUGAUGGUUUAAUUCACAAACAACUGAAUUUUUAUUGACAACACUCUGCAACAGAAAAUAGACUGAUCAGAAAAACUUCACUUUUUUAAACUAAACCAAUGAAUACUAAAAUGUUUCUAAUUACAAUCAAUUAUAAAUGAAAAAUUAAAAUGUAUGAGAGGAUCAACUAAAAAAUAUUUUUGUAUCAAAAUGAGUGAAUCUUAUGAAUUGCACAUUACAGUGUCCAUCUUAAAGAAUCAGAUCGCGAGUCUCCAAGAAGAAAUUGAAAAUAUGAAAAUACAAACACCCAAAAUGUCAAUCAAAGAUAUAAUAAAUGACACUGAGAAGGUAAGUUACAUAAAUGGAGUCAUGGACAUUUAAAAUUUUAAAUGCUUCAUUUUGUAGAAUUAUAAUUGUUAAAUUUAAAUGCUUGUGCAUAAUGAAAUACUUGUUAUACUAGAAAAAGAAAAUAAAUAAAAAAUGACAGUGCAUACUAAAUUGUGUUUGUUGUA